AUGGUGGCGGUGGAAGCGAUGGUGACCGUGAUAGUGGUAGAGGUGGUGGUGGUGGUGGUGAUAGCGGUGGUGGCUGCGAUAGGUGGUUAUAGGCGGGGCAGUAGUGGCAGAGGAGGUGGUAGUGGUAGCGACCAUUGUGGUGGUGGUAGCGUUGGCAGUGGUAGUGCUAUCGGUAGCGGUAGUGGUGAAGGUAGUGGUGGCGACGGUGGUGGUGGUGCUGGUGAUGGUGGUGACAGUAAUGGUGCCGAUGGCGGUGGUGGUUGUGAUUACGGUAGGCAAUGGUGGGCGUUGAUGGUGGUUGUGGUGGGUGUGAAAGUGGUUGUGGUGGCCGGUGGCUGGGCUGUUGGCAGUGGUGGUGGUGGGUAG